AUGGCAACGAUGAACGGCCACGUGCCCGCGUCCGCGCCCGAGACGCUGUCAAAGCCAGUUACGGGUGAAGAUACCGGGUUGAACGGCCAAGCACCUGGGAUCCAAGAGGAAAGCAAUACGACUGAGGCGACGCCCACUUCAGCAGCGUCACCACCAAAGAAACCACGCAAGAAGAAAGGACCCAACUAUGGAUACAUUCACCGAAAGGCUUUACCACUCGAAGCGCACCCAUUGCCUGCAUUUCAUCCCACCAACCCAGUCUCCCUCCUUCGUCUCGUCUACACAUAUCUCUCGCAACUUCUCAUGCCACCCUCGUCGCACAAUCCGGACCCCUACCUUGGCUUUUUCUCUCCCGAAUCGAGAUCGGUGCAUGUGACUGAUCCAAAGCACAUGCGUGCUCUGUGGGAAAUGGGCUUCUUCGGAAAGGGCACUCUUUCCCGUAGCGAGCCUAGUUGGCUUGAUCGAGAAACCGCGCGACUGAAGGCAAACCGAGCAGGUGGUGGCACUGCAGAGGAAGCGACGAAUGCGAGGCGAGAGAAGCGCAGACUCUUCAAGCUGGAGCGAGCUCGCCUGGAAGCCGAAAAGAUUGAGCGGCAAAGGCUCGUGGAAGAAGGGAAGCUGGAUCCUUCGGUACUAGAGGUCGCCGACGCGGCUACCGAGACCAACGCGGCUGCUCAGCCAAACGAUGCAGUAGUAGAUUCCACCUCGAAUGGCUCCAUCCAGCCUCGGGAGAGGGCAUCCACACUUCUAAGCCAAAAUUCAGACAUCAGCGAGGAAGGUGGGGAAGAGCAAAUAAUAGUUGAGAACCAGGAAUUCCUCCAACUGACUAUGGAGGAAGCAUUCUUCUUGAAGUACGGCCUUGGAGUUUUGGACAUCCGGAGUAGGGAGUCUGAAUCCGCUCUGGACGCGACGGAAAUGUUACGCUGCUUCUGCCAAUACAGCUACUUCCCGCCUCGGCACCCAACCCAUCAAGUCUCUCCUGACGAUCCAUUCCUGUUGAACUACGUUGUGUAUCAUCAUUUUCGAUCGCUGGGUUGGGUGGUCAGACCAGGUGUCAAGUUCUCGGUCGAUUACUUACUGUACUACCGCGGACCAGUCUUCUCACAUGCGGAGUUCGCGAUCAUGAUCAUGCCGUCGUACUCUGACCCCUAUUGGAGCUCGCAUGCGGGCAAAUCCAAGCGCCGGAUCAAGGAAGACGAGCAGAAGGACUGGUGGUGGCUACACUGCAUCAAUCGAGUACAGAGUCAAGUCCUCAAGACCCUCGUCCUUGUGUAUGUGGACGUGCCGCCACCUUCAGAAGAUGGAGAUGGCCAGGACGUCGGCAAGCUACUGAAAGCGUACCGGGUACGAGAAUUCGUCAUCAAGCGAUGGGUUGCGAAUCGAAGCAGAGACUAG